CUGGGACCUGGAGUGUCACCCAGUGGCUGAGCCUCAGCACAAGACCAGGAUACGCUUCCAGCUCUGUGGCAUUGGUGUGAAGGUUGGUCCAGCGGUGGCUCCUCAGGAAGCAGACUGUUCUCUGGUGAAGACUGAAGCCUUUAAGACCAGGAGAAGACCUGACCCGGUUGCUGAUGGGGGCAUGACUGGUCAGGAGGAGGCUCUGUGUAGGGGGGUAUACGCCCCCCAGGACCACUACUCAUUCCCCCCUACCAGGGUAGGGGAGACCAGCACACUGAAGGUCAACAUGAGAAACAACUCCUUGGAAACACAUGCGCUGAUGUUCCUAACCCCUAAAGAGCCCUUCCACAUCAAGCAUUCCAAAUAUUCCCUAAGAUCCCAACGCUACAUCCACCUGCCAGUCCAGUUCAAGCCGGUUGUAACUGGAAACCACUCCAGCGUGCUGUUGGUUCAGACGGAUACCAGUGGAAACAUCGCUAUCCAGCUGACUGGUGAGGCCCUGGCCUGACUGGCCAAGAGGACUGCUGGUCUGGGUCAGUGAGGCCCUGGCCUGACUGGCCAAGAGGACUGCUGGUCUGGGUCAGUGAGGACUGCUGGUCUGGGUCAGUGAGGACUGCUGGUCUGGGUCAGUGAGGACUGCUGGUCUGGGUCAGUGAGGACUGCUGGUCUGGGUCAGUGAGGCCCUGGCCUGACUGGCCAAAAGGACUGCUGCUCUGGGUCAGUGAGGACUGCUGCUCUGGGUCAGUGAGGCCCUGCCCUGACUGGCCAAGAGGACUGCUGGUCUGGGUCAGUGAGGACUGCUGGUCUGGGUCAGUGAGGACUGCUGGUCUGGGUCAGUGAAGGACUGCUGGUCUGGGUCAGUGAAGGACUGCUGGUCUGGGUCAGUGAGGACUUCUGCUCUGGGUCAGUGAGGACUGCUGCUCUGGGUCAGUGAGGCCCUGCCCUGACUGGCCAAGAGGACUGCUGGUCUGGGUCAGUGAGGACUGCUGGUCUGGGUCAGUGAGGACUGCUGGUCUGGGUCAGUGAGGACUGCUGCUCUGGGUCAGUGAGGACUGCUGCUCUGGGUCAGUGAGGACUGCUGCUUUGUCCAAUAUGGCACCCUAAUCCCUGAUAGUGCACUGCUUCAGGCCUGACAACGUCUCAUUGGUUCCACCCCCGGCAACGUCCCAACGUCUCAUUGGUUCCACCCCCGGCAACGUCCCAACGUCUCAUUGGUUCCACCCCCGGCAACGUCCCAACGUCUCAUUGGUUCCACCCCCG